AUGUAUAUGGGCUCGAACAAGUCCGAGGCUGAUCUGGACGUUGUGACUCAUUUCUCGGGGUCUCCUUACAAGGGGAAACGAACAGAUUCUAAGGCUACAGAGAGUUCUUUGGCCACUACGACCAUGUCUACUGUGAAGGCAGAGCAGCAAGCAUUCAAGAAGAGUGUGAUUCCUUUUUUGGAACUUAUGAUUGGUGCUUUGCAGAUGAAUAGUGUUCUCAAGAAGGAGACAGAUGAGCUGGCGGCUAAUUUCGAAAAGUUUAAAGAGUUACCUCAGGAUCCAGAUCUGCUCACAACAGUGCUUGACGAUGUGCUUUAUUAUACCAGACAGACCAGUGCGAUCCUUAAUCGCGAGUUGAAGUUUAAACAAUUGUCCCAAAGGUUAGAGUACCUGUUUUCUAUCUUUCUCGACCCAACAGAGUACGAUAUGAAUCCUCAGGAGCAUAUCGAGUAUUUGAGAGAAGAAAUUACAGAUACAUUGCUCAAGAUUUUCCACCACAAGAGAUUGCCACCAAACUGCAUCCCAAGAGGAAAACCGUCGCCAUUGGAUUUUGAAGAUAAUUACGAGCUCGAUAGAUGUGCAAAGAAUGGUGAUACACCUUUCCCAAGAGGCGAAGAAUACAAGAUCAAGAGUAUUGAGGAAGGUUUCGAUAUCUGUGCAAACGCCAUGAAUCAGGCAUUCGGUGAUAAGAAAGAACUGAGACAACAUGAUUCCACAAUGCUCAGCCCAAGAGGUCGAUUCAUGGUAAAGCGUACCAACACUCACAAGGAGAAACGCAGAUUGAGAGAGAACAAGGAAUGUCUCGAAUUCAUGCCUAUCGGAUAUGAUGAUAACGUGCUAAAUGCAAAGACUCCACAACGACAUACGCAAAAAUCUGCUCCCAAUGAUUAUGAUUUUACUCCCAAGGCUAACGACGAGAAUGAUUCUUUGCAGAUGUUUUUUCAAGAACAAGCUAGUUACUACGAUUUGACCGCUGGUAGGUCUCGCAAAUAA